AUGAGACUCCCCAAACUCCUCACUUUCUUGCUUUGGCACCUGGCUUGGCUGGACCUGGAAUUCAUCUGCACUGUGUUGGGUGCCCCUGACUUGGGCCAGAGACCCCAGGGGGCCAGGCCAGGACUGGCCAAAGCAGAAGCCAAGGAGAGGCCCCCUCUGGCCCAGAACAUCUUCAGGCCGGGGGGCCACAGCUAUGGUGGGGGGGCCACCAAUGCCAGAGCAAAGGGGGGCCCCGGGCAGACAAGAGGCCUGACACAGCCCAAGAAGGAUGAACCCAAAAAGCUGCCUCCCAGAACGGGUGGCCCAGAACUCAAGUCAGGACACCCUCCUCAGACAAGGCAGGCUGCAACACGGACUGUGACCCCAAAAGGACAGCUUCCUGGGGGAAAGGCACCCCCAAAGGCAGGAUCUGUCCCCAGUUCUUUCCUGCUGAAGAAGGCCAGGGAGCCUGGGUCCCCUCGAGAGCCCAAGGAGCCGUUCCGCCCGCCCCCCAUCACUCCCCACGAGUACAUGCUCUCGCUGUACAGGACGCUGUCCGAUGCUGACAGAAAGGGAGGCAACAGCAGCGUGAAGUUGGAGGCUGGCCUGGCCAACACCAUCACCAGCUUUAUUGACAAAGGGCAAGAUGACCGAGGUCCUGCGGUCAGGAAGCAGAGGUACGUGUUUGACAUUAGCGCCCUGGAGAAGGAUGGGCUCCUAGGGGCCGAGCUGCGGAUCUUGCGGAAGAAGCCCUCAGACACGGCCAAGCCAGUGGCCCCCGGCAGUGGGCGGGCUGCCCAGCUGAAGCUGUCCAGCUGCCCCAGCGGCCGACAGCCGGCAGCCUUGCUGGAUGUGCGCUCCGUGCCAGGCCUGGAUGGAUCUGGCUGGGAGGUGUUCGACAUCUGGAAGCUCUUCCGAAACUUUAAGAACUCAGCCCAGCUGUGCCUGGAGCUGGAGGCCUGGGAACGGGGCCGUGCCGUGGACCUCCGUGGCCUGGGCUUUGACCGGGCUGCCCGGCAGGUCCAUGAGAAGGCCCUAUUCCUGGUGUUUGGCCGCACCAAGAAACGGGACCUGUUCUUUAAUGAGAUUAAGGCCCGCUCCGGCCAGGAUGAUAAGACCGUGUAUGAGUACCUGUUCAGCCAGCGGCGGAAACGGCGGGCCCCACUGGCCACGCGCCAGGGCAAGCGGCCCAGCAAGAACCCCAAGGCCCGCUGCAGUCGGAAGGCACUGCACGUCAACUUCAAGGACAUGGGCUGGGACGACUGGAUUAUCGCGCCCCUUGAGUACGAGGCCUUCCAUUGUGAGGGGCUAUGCGAGUUCCCCUUGCGCUCCCACCUGGAGCCCACGAACCAUGCGGUCAUCCAGACCCUGAUGAACUCCAUGGACCCUGAGUCCACGCCGCCCACCUGCUGUGUGCCCACCCGGCUGAGUCCCAUCAGCAUCCUCUUCAUCGAUUCCGCCAACAAUGUGGUCUAUAAACAGUAUGAGGACAUGGUCGUGGAGUCUUGUGGCUGCAGGUAG